AUGGGCAACUGCUUUUCGCGGUCGCGCCACACGUCGAUGACCGCUGUUGCGUUAAAUACAACUCGAUCGGGUAGUUCGCCGAGGUUCUCAGCUGAAAUGGGUGUUAGCGAACCGCUAAGGGAACAACAAAGCGUCAAUGAAAUCGGAACGCCAAGAAGGAUCGAAACGCACAAUCAGCAGAAAGACGUGACAACUGGAAAGGAAGUGUUGAUUGCGUUGUAUGAUUAUGAAUCGCGUGCUGAAGGGGAUCUUAGCUUCAGAAAAGGCGAUGUUAUGUAUCUUCUCGAUCAGAGCAAUUCGGACUGGUGGUAUGUACGCCAUUCGAAAGGUGGUACCGGUUAUGUACCACGCAACUUUGUUGGCAAACAGCAGUCCGUUGAAAGUGAAGAAUGGUUUGCGGGAAGAAUCCCUCGAAACAGAGCUGAACGAUUGGUGUUAGCCAGUAAUUUACCGAAAGGAACAUUUUUGAUUCGUGAGCGAGAAGCAGAUACUCGGGAAUAUGCACUCACAAUUCGCGAUUCAGAUGAUCAACGUGGAGGUACCGUCAAACAUUAUAAGAUACGAAGGUUGGAUGGCGAUGCAGGUUUCUUCAUAACGGCCAGAAGAACGUUCGCUACUCUUCGUGAUCUCGUUAGCUACUAUUCUGAGGUUGCGGACGGUCUUUGUUGUCAGCUGUCGUUUCCUGCACCACGAAUUGCUCCAACACGACCCGAUCUUUCACAUGAUACUCAACAGAAUUGGGAAAUUCCAAGAAAUCAGCUGCAGCUGAAACGCAAGUUAGGUGAUGGCAAUUUUGGUGAUGUUUGGUAUGGCAAAUGGCGAGGUAUGGUCGAAGUAGCGAUUAAAACAAUGAAACCAGGCACAAUGUCUCCAGAGGCCUUCCUUGGUGAGGCACAAAUAAUGAAACAGUGUGAUCAUCCGAAUUUGGUCAAAUUGUAUGCUGUCUGUACGAAGGAAGAACCAUUCUAUAUAAUAACGGAAUAUAUGAUUAAUGGUUCUUUAUUGCAUUAUUUGAGAAAUGAAGGCAAUUCCCUCACUUUGCAAGCACUUGUGGAUAUGUGUGCUCAGAUAGCGAAUGGAAUGAUGUAUUUAGAAGAAAGAAAAUUGGUGCAUCGUGAUCUUGCGGCUCGUAAUGUUCUCGUUGGUGAUAAGAUUUCUGGUGUGCCUGUCGUCAAGGUGGCUGAUUUCGGUUUGGCACGUAAAUUAAUGGAAGAAGACAUUUAUGAAGCGAGAACAGGCGCUAAAUUUCCAAUCAAAUGGACUGCACCAGAAGCGGCAACUUGCGGCAAUUUUACAGUUAAAUCAGAUGUUUGGUCGUACGGUGUCCUUCUUUAUGAAAUCAUCACUAAGGGUCAAGUACCAUAUCCAGGCAUGCAUAAUCGUGAAGUAAUAGAGCAAGUGGAGUUAGGUUAUCGAAUGCCGAUGCCUCGUUGUUGUCCAGAACAAAUCUAUUCAGAGGUGAUGCUCAAAUGUUGGGACAAGAUACCAGAGCGAAGGCCGACGUUUGAUCAUUUGUUCCACUUCUUCGAUGAUUAUUUCGUCAGCUCGCAACCCAAUUACGUUCCACCAUCCCAAAAUUGA